GUGCAUUCAUUCCCUUGAACUGAAAAAGCGGCCCAUCACUCUCCCUAUCCAACCGGAAGACGAACCCUAAUGAGCAGAGGGGGACGAUUACGGAGCUGGAGAAGGAUCACCAACCGUUUAUCUCAUUUCCUUCGCCGGUAGCUUCUCUAAACCUCAGCCGUUGAGUGUUUUCCCCCACACUACCUGCCUUAUCAUCCCCUUCCUUCAGAAAGAAACAGACCCUCUGCAACUCCAAUUGGCGGAAAACGACUGAGCCGAGAGAGGGAGAGCUUUUUUCUCCUUUGUCCUCCAAAAUCCUUGUCUGCAGAUCGAUUCUGGGUGCCUUCGUUUCUCCACUCCUCUGCCGAGAUCUGCCCCGAUCUAAUUGCUGUCUGCUCCGUUAUUCUGCAAUUCGUGAAUUCGCCCCCAAUUUCAAUUGCUCCCGAGAAUGCCUCGUUUAAGCCCCGAGGACAUAGAGGUAAUCGAGUUAUUUGAGUCAGCGAAGAAAGCCGGCGAUGCCGCCGUCGGCGACGAUAUCUCCUCCAACGGCCCGGAGGUCGGUCGAUGCGUCGAUGCCCUCAAACAGCUCGGAGAUUACCCAAUUACAUACGAGAUUCUGGUCUCCUCUCAGGUUGGGAAACGACUGCGAGCUCUAACCAAGCAUCCAGUACAUCAGAUCCAAACCAUUGCUAGUGACUUGCUCGAGAGUUGGAAACAGUUGGUUGUGAAUGAGACUACUAGAAGGAAACAAGCUGAAAAAUCUCCAACUGCAAGCGCUGUAAAAGUAGAAAAAUCACCAAAAGUUGGAUCAAUUAAAGUUGAGAAAGAACAAUCAUCAUCCAAUGGAGCAGUGAAAGUCGAGAAAGCAAAAUCAUUCUCCAAUGGAGCAAUCAAAGUCGAGAACAGGGCUCGACCGGACACUGUAAAAGUCGAGAAGACAGUAGUGAAGGAAGAGAUAAAAUCUCCCCAUGUCAAGAAACCACCACAGCCAGCAGCUAUUGCUCCUCCAAAACUCAGUUCUCUAGUAAGAUGCAAUGAUCCCUUGAGGGACAAAGUCCGUGAACUUCUUGCCGAAGCCCUAGAAAAAGUUGCCGGAGAGGUUGAUGAUGAUCUUAAGCACGAAGUACGUGCACGAGAUCCCAUCCGAGUUGCUGUCUCAGUGGAAUCCGCAAUGUUUGACCAGUUGGGGAAGUCGAAUGGGGCACAGAAGUUAAAGUACAGAUCUAUCAUGUUCAACAUCAAGGAUCCUAAAAACCCAGAUUUGAGGAGGAAAGUGCUGCUGGGUCAAAUUAACCCCGAGAGGCUCAUGACGAUGACCCCUGAAGAAAUGGCGAGUGACCAGAGGCAGAUGGAGAAUAAACAGUUGAGAGACAAAGCUAUGUUCGAGUGUGAACGUGGCGGCCCGCCACAGGCCACGACUGAUCAGUUCAGGUGCGGGCGGUGUGGUCAAAAGAAGUGUACUUACUACCAGAUGCAGACCAGGAGCGCAGAUGAACCCAUGACUACUUACGUAACGUGUGUAAACUGCAGCAACCGCUGGAAAUUCUGUUAGAACUGUCAUCUGGUUGGGAUUGUUUGCCUUUUCUUCUCUCUGCAACUUCUUCAUGAACAAAGCAGGGUUAGGCAG